AUGCCAGACUUGAACGAACUCCUUCGAUGGUCCAUCGCCAACUCCACUCUCCCUUCCUCGCAAGAUGGCCAACAGACAGCGGCAGAAGGAGGCCAGCAGGUAUCUUCCUCCGAGGGAGGUCUGACAAUCCGAUACAACCCUCCUUCCUCAGCCACCCACAGCGGUACAUCAGCUCUACACCCCUCAGAUCUUGCUCCGGCAGAUUUAUCACCCGCUUCGACACCUGGUCCAGGAACUCCUACGGGGGAAAUACCAUCUCAGACGUUCCCUUUGCCCAGCACUACACCAAAGAGGGAUGAUCUUACGACGGAGAUGUUAGAUUUAAUAUUGGGUAAGAGCGACUCGAUAACGAUGAAGGAGAAAAUGGCUUUUGCCGUUGAUGAGAAAAACCCCCUGGAGGAGAGGGUAGAAGCAUUGGAUGAUUUUGAAAUGUUAAUCGAAUUGAUAGAUAAUGCCAAUAACAUGCCAAUCCUCAAACUCUGGCAACCACUCUUAAGUCUACUAUCAUCCCCCGAAGAUGAGAUUGUGUCAAACGCAUUAUGGAUAAUAGGUACAGCUGUACAGAACAAUAUCAAAGCGCAAGCUGCUCUAUAUAUACAUUCUGCUUUCCCAUUAAUACUCCAAUCGUAUCUCAAUUCCUCCUCCCCCGCCGUUAGAUCAAAAGCAAUCUACGCCCUAUCCGCAUCGUUAAAACACUGGCCAUUAGCUCCCCAAGCUCUAUCUCAAAAACACGAAAAUGUCACGGUAACGGGGUAUGAAGUUUUGUUAAAAGGGUUGAAAGAUUCCGAUAAGAAUGUCAGAAAGAAGGUAUCAUUCUUGGUAUCUACGUUGGUACUUCAAUCUAAUGAUAAAUACGAUCAAAAAGAAUUACCAAAUGAAGUACGAAAUGUCAUCGAGGAACUCACCAAGAGUAACACAGUCAAAGAAGAGGGUCUGAUAGAUGGAUUAAGUAAAUCAGGUAUCUUCCAAGAAUCAUUGGAUCAACUUCAACAUGUGAAAGAGGAUAAUCUCGAAUUUGAAGAGAACAGUUUAAAGAGUUUGAUAAAUGCUUUGAAGACUAGUGGGUUGAAUGACGAGGAAAGAGGGCAGUUUAAAGGUAUCUGGAAUGGAUUGAAUGCUCAACAGAGAGAAGAUAGAGGUUUGGGAAAAGAUGAGAUUGAAUCGGUGAAUGGGAUAUUAGCAUAG